UUUGGACAGAGUACUCCAGCGUUAGGGCAAUCAAGUGUAUUUAGUACACCUUCUACUGCAUUUUGGGGGGAAUUUGUUUUCAAGCACUCCAUCUCUGCUAUCUACAAGCAACCCAUUAAGAUUUGGUCAAACAACCAAUUGGUCUAGCAUUCUUGAGUGUUGAUGCAUUGGCAUGUGGCAAAGACACUAGAUGCCAGUGGAUAAAAGCAUAUCCGACUCACUGGCUGCAAUUAGAGGAAAUAAACAGAGAAUAAAAUGUGGGAAGGAACUGUCUGUAUGUAUGGCAUUAUGUUUUUGUGAAUAGAGGCUGCACAAGCUCAAUAAGUGAUGGAAAUUAUAUCAUGAAGAUCCAUAGGUAUCUCAUUGUUGAUCUUAUCUCAAAAAUUAUCUUAGUUUAACAACUUGUCUAAUCAUUUUCAAGAAUUUUCUUCUCUAGUGUCUGAUAGGUUCUAAGUUCAUUCAUCAUUUGUAUCUGAAGCCCUCCAUUUCAACACCCUUUCAAGUGUGUCAACCCUCUCAGAGUACAGGUGCUUUUGGCUUUAGCAACUUUGGUCAGAUGCAAUCAGCUGGUACAAGCAGCCUUGGUGGCAAGCCAAGCAUCUUUGGUCAGAAUACUUUGGGACAAUUGUCUGCCAGUCAGAGCUCUGCAGUUGUACAACCAGCCCCUGUUACGAAUCCUUUUGGAACUCUACCAGUGAUGCCUCAGAUGUCAAUUGGUCGCACAAGGAUGUCACCUUCAAUUCCAUAUGGAAUUUCUAGUUUGCCUCACUCAGUUUUCACGGACAACUUAGGGAGAUGUUCUUUCUGCAAUGUGCACGUGGUGACUGACAUCAUUUUCCAAACAGGGCUAAUAUACAGGAGAUUGAUACUUAUGAUAAUAAAUGCAUUAGUUGGUGCUUUUGUAUGCAGAGCAAAUCCGGACAAAACAUCACCUCCAAAGGAUACAUCCACUCCACCUCAUGGGAAUGGUAAAAGGUCUGAAGCAGCUUCUACCCCUAAUUUGUAUGGAUCAAGUGCGGAGGAUAAAGAUAAGACUGACUUUUGGCUCAGUUGUCCCGCAUCGGAAUGGAUUGAGAUGUGCAAAGGUUAG